AUGGACUCCGGCGAUUUCUAUGCCACGCUGCUUGGAUCUCAUCAUGACUUCCUGCGCUCUCACGACCCUUCAAGUUUUGUCGAAGGCUCAGCGCCAUUCAAUUUCAACGACGCGCAAGGAUCGACCUGUACACAGCAAUUCAACGACGACGUUCACACCGCACCCUCCUACGACUUAUUCCUUGACCCCUUCGGCGACGCCGACUGGACCAAAAUAUUCGAGCAUCACAACCCUUCCCAUCCAUCUAUUCUCAUGAGCGACGCCUAUCGCCCAUCCCUCGAGCCUCUCGCGAUCCCCCAGUCCCCGCUGUCCGAGGCGACCAUGGUUGGCUCGCCCCUCUCCGCGACGACAUCUGGCUUUUAUCCUCGCUGCGCGUCUCUCAGCGACGCGGAACCUCCUGCACACACCCAUGAUCACAGCACAUCCCUCGAUCACAAUGCAGAUGUACGUGGGCUCGCGCUUCCCAGUGCAUCUUCCUGGUCAGCGGCCUCCAACAUAUUCGCCGGCUGCGAGCCUCUGCCGCCGCCUGUUAUGGGCGCGGCAGACGCUCAUAGUCUCCCUCUUCCUGAGCCAGAGGCAUAUGUGGCUGUGACCAAGGCAUCACCUGCGGUCACCUUCACAUUCCCUGCGGCUCCCCUUACGAUCCAGGGUCCGCAGUGCCCCGACGCGAAGGCGGUCGUGCACAUCGAGCAGACGGAAGUGAAGCUCGCUACGGCGCGACGCGUUGCCAAACGCGAUUCUAGCGACGAUGGUUCAAGUGCUGGCGAGGACCUGAGCUAUGAGGAGAAGCCGACGAAGCGCACACGAAAGCAGGACACGACUCCCAGGUACCAAUGCAAGACUUGCGGCGCCGUGUUUGCGAGGACACAUAACCUCACGGAACACGUCAAAGCUGUUCACUUCAAUGAACGUAACUUUUCCUGCGAACACCCGGACUGCGGGAAGUCAUUCGCCCGCAAGCACGACCUCAAGCGUCAUUUCCAGAGUAAACACACGAACCUUGGAUCACCCCGUCGCAGGCUCUUCGCCAACCCAGAGGUCAAGAAGGAAGGUAGCGUGUCGAGCAAGGACUGA